AUGGCCUCCAAAGAUUUUCCCAGUGCCUGGUUAAAAAUUACUAGCGACCAACAGUUUCUUGCUACCUCCAUCAGAACUUCUAAGACAUCUGUAUUAAUUCUAACGCUGUUAAUGCUUAACACCACCAGGUUCAUGUCGGAGGAGCAGGCAGCGAUCAUCAGCUCAACUUCUCCCGAACUACCUUCAACGCAGCAGCGUCUACAGCUUACCAGAACACAGACUUUCCUGUCAUGGAAUUCAGGACUCAUUCUAGUGUUCACCAUUUCUAAAUCUGAACCUUUUUGGAAACAUGUGUUCUGUUCCUGCCAAUAUUCGCGUAUCACGGGACAUGAAACCUCACUGCUGCCGUCAGUUGACUGGACCAUCUCCACACUACAUGAGCUGCUGUGUAACACCUAUCAAUUAACUGUUACAGGGUUACUGGAGUACAGCAGUCGCACCAGUCCUCUCUGA